AUGUCCUUCCGCAAAUCCGACGAGAUCCUCAAGAUCGAGACCCACCAUGUCGAAGCCGGAGAGGAGGGCGAACGGAGAGUCCAGUGGGAUGGCUCGGCUGGCUUUGACAUUGAAACGGAGCGCAAAUUGACAAAGUCACUCCUCCGCAAGCUCGACACGCGUAUGCUCCCCAUGCUGGCGGUGCUCUUCUUGUUCUCCUUCCUGGAUCGCACCAACAUCGGAAAUGCUAAAAUUCUCGGUCUCCAGACAGACCUCCGCCUCGAUGCCACCCAAUACUCCUCCUGCCUCGCCAUUUUCUUCGCCUUCUAUAUCGCAUCCGAAGUACCCUCCAACCUCAUCAUCAAGAAAGUCUCGCCCCGCAUCUGGCUCGGUGUCCUCACCAUGAUCUGGGGCGUCAUCGGCAUGGCCAUGGGCUUCGUCCAGGACUUUACGGGCAUGCUGGUCGUGCGGGCGUUCUUGGGUGCCUCGGAGGGAGGGCUACUCCCCGGUAUCGUCCUCUACCUCUCCAUGAUGUACCGCCGUCAAGAGAUCGGGUUCAGACUGGGUAUCAUCUACUCUGCUGCGAGUCUGUCUGGAGCUUUCGGCGGUCUACUCGCUACUGGUCUGUACCAAAUCGGGAAUGUGGGAGGGCAGAGCGGAUGGCGCUGGAUCUUGAUCAUCGAAGGUAUCCUCACUGUCGGUGUCGGCCUCGCUGCCAUCCUCAUCCUCCCCUCGGACGUCGAGAAGGCCCGCUUCUUCACGGACGACGAGCGCAAGCUAGCUAUCGCCCGCCUCCUCGCCGACCGGCCCAUGGCUGUCGAUGCCAACGGCGACACCGUCAUCCUUGCCGAGCCCUUCUCAUGGUGGCGCGUCGGAGAGGCCGUCCUCUCCAUCAAGACCUGGCUCUCGGCUAUCGCUUACUUUGCCAUCCUCAGCGCCCUCUACUCUUUCGGCCUCUUCGUCCCCUCCAUUAUCCAAGGUCUCGGAUACAGCGCCAUCAAUGCCCAACUCUACUCGGUCCCUCCUUACGCCGUGGCUGCCUUCCUCACUGUCUGCGCCGCCUACGUAUCGGACAAGUACAAGAUCCGCGGUCCUAUCAUGCUCGCCUUCCUCCCCCUCUCCAUCAUCGGCUAUGGUGUCAUUGCCAACACGUCUGACCUCAAGCUCAAGUACGGGAUGCUCUUCAUGAUGGCGGCCGGUCUCUACCCUUCGGUCCCUCCCGUUCUCGUCUGGCUCGCGGGCAACAAUACGAACCAUUAUACCCGUGCAACGGCCAUCGGGCUGCAGCUGGCUAUCGCAAACUGCGGCGGAUUCGUGGCCGCGUUUGUCUACCCCUCCACGCAAGCGCCGUCGUAUCAGCCGUCCCACACGCUCAUCAUGGGUCUCCUCAUCGGCGCAUGGGUGCUCGUGGCGGUAAAGUGUGCGUAUCUUGCUUUCCUCAACAGGCAGAAGGCGGCGGGGAAGCACGACAGGCAUAUCGGGUGUGGGGACAACAGGGAUCCGGCUUUCAAGUAUGUCAUUUAG